UUUCGUACCAUAGUGCUUUGGUCAUUUCGUACCAUAGCCAUUUCGUACCAACUUUUUACCAUCUCGUACCAUAAUGUUUGGUCAUUUCGUACCAUAGUGGUUUCGUACUCUGUAUCUCAUUUUGGUACGGUUUUAGAAUAUGUCCGCCACCUAAAUACAUCCAUUUACUAUGUAAUAUGUAAUUUCCGAUAAUUUUAACUACUCUGACGAUUACUAAAAUAAAGCCAAUAACUCGAGUUAAUUUUUAUUUUAUUUUAGGAACUUUGCGUUAUUUUGUGUUUUAUUUCAGGAGCGGUUAGGGUUUAGUUUGUUUUAGGAACAUAGGGUGGAAUGAUUUUCUGUUUUACUUUAUUUUAAUUUAGGAACUUUGUCGGUCGAUUGUUAUAGAGGAGUGUUGAUAGCCUACACGGCUACAGAGUGAUUAGGGUUAGCAAGGGGGGCUGGGGGGGGGGGGGGCUGGCCCCCCCAAUAAGUCUUAAUGUCCAUAUUUUUAAAAUUAUUUUUGUCUAAAUAAAUAAUUUUAUUUUCUUUCUUUUUUCCCUGCGCAAACAACCAUGCCCCACUUUUUUUAAGAAUCCCCACCAAAAAAUCCCUCUUUUUACAGAAGCAUUAGUGGCGGACAGAUUCUAUAACCGCUCCAAGGUUUAAAAGAACAUAUGUAUAUUUCCACUGAUGAUCAUUUCAUACGAUACAAGACUCCCCCCACCCCCAUCUUAUAUAAGCUUACGUCCUUUGCCCACUGUCGACAGACUCUGCCCAUGCUUGCCUUAUUGCUGUUGGAUAAACAAUCGUUAUAUAAUCAAGUUACAACAGUCACAUCAGUAUCAUUUGAAGAUAAAAGUAAUAAAAGUAAUAUAUCAUCUUUUUCUUGUUUGUUUCUUUGUUAAGGGUGGGGAUUCAAUAUAGCUGCAUUAGUCUAAUGUUUAUUUUUUAAAUCAGUAAUUCGACAUUUUACUAUCAGUCAGCUAAGCUGCACAAUAAGUGAUUGAGGUACGAAAUGACUUUGGUAUGAAAUGACCAAAUAGACAUGGUACAGAAUAACCAUGGUACGAAAUGACCAAAUAACUGGUACGAAAUGACUUGGGUACGAAAUGGUAAAAUUGGGUAUGAAAUAACUAUGAUACGAAUUGACUGGUUACCGUUUAGGGUUAAGGUUAGUCUAUAGAGCCUUUGAGGGGUACGGGUCAAACUCUUUCCGUCUUUGAACCAAAGUAAUACAAACUGACUGACAGUGUGUGUCAAUUUUAAUACACAUGCUAGUUGUGGGUCGUAAGACAGGGUGAUCCCUGCUAGCACCUCUCAACAAUGCCACAAGUAACUACUGAGCAUUCUCCAAAGUGUUCACACUAAGCCCAAAGCUGAUAGGAAAUGGGCAAGUGUGUGGCACGAGAGACGGGCAAGUGUGUGGCACGAGAGACCAGCACCUGUUGCGUUUGCAGGGACAAGGAUGUAGAGAUCUGAGAGAACAUGGCUGCUUCAUCAGAAGUGAAGAAUAAUAUUUCCUGCAGUGUUUGUGUGCUAGAGUUUAAGGAUCCAGAAACACUUUCUUGCGGCCACACAUUUUGUCACAAAUGUCUCCAUGACCACAUUGUAUCCAUGGCAACAGAGUCAAGUUUUCCGUGUCCCCAGUGCAAGGAAAUGGUACCGGUACCAAGCCCCCAGCAACCAAAAUCAAACUGGGCGGAACAAUUCAAUGUAGCAGUAAUUGAGGCUGAUAAAUCGAACGACCAGCUAGCUAGUGUUAAAGAAGAUGCUGAAGUGCCGACUAGUGCUGAAAGUGAAGCUGACAGGAACCGCCGUAUUCUGAGGUUGACCUGUGACACGCUGAGGUCACAGAUUGAGUCGAUGGAGUCGAGGAUGGACUCUGAGAUUAAACGGCUACAGCAGUGUGUCGAGUUGUCGGCGGAGGCCACAUCGGCGGAGAUAGACAGGAGGGCGGAGGAACUGAUUGCACGCUUCACACUGGGAGUCAGACUAGAACAGACGGAGGCGCUGAUGAUUUCGCGAUGCGACUGGACGUAUCUACGUGCGCUAUCGAGGUCCCCCCCACUACCUGGGGUGGGGGUUAUGAUAGCCAGUUUGGGGCUCUGUUGGAGUUCCGGGUUACUUACACCGGGGCACGGGCGACCGUGUCUUUGGCGUAGGGUGACCCGGCUCCAACGAAGAGUAGAGGAAGAGGAAGGAGGAAGACGAAACGAGUGCGUCGCCGCCCCCUCCCCCGACUUCUCCGAAGAUGACCCGACAGCUGAUGGCGCCCGAGUCCACGGAUCAGACGUACUCGCAGCUAGACAUUGCAAUGUGCCAAGCUCCGCGGGCGAUUCCACCGACCUCCACUCCCAGGGUGCCGACUUCGUCGGCGCCAGGACGUGUUGCUGUCACCGCUGUGAAGAGGAAGGCGUCAUCACCGACCACCCAGCCAGCCAAGGCCAAGUCACUGGCGCCGUCAACCACCUCCACCCCAACCCCGAGGAAGACCAAUGGACGCUAGCAUUCAACGGGCUACGUAGACAACUGCACCCGUAUAUGCAGGGGGACACGGCGGACCCGAAGACACUCGAGGGCGGCCACCUCAAAGCGGACUGGAGACCACUGGGGGACGGCAGCCAGUACGAUCUACACAACACAGUGUUCGGCAAUCACCACGCUGUAGUUGUCACGCACAAGAGGAAGCAGACCUACAGACAUGCAUACCUCUUUGGGAAGAUUGACAACUGGUCUCUACAUAAGAUGAUCCGAUCUGUCUGCGGCCCCGAUUACGGCACGAUUCGUUCCAUGAUGGCUGAGAGCUCAUUUGUCCCAAUUCUCGAAAUAAGAGACGAGUUCGUGACCUGUGAGAUUUGCCUGGAAUAUUUCAACGAUGGAGAGAAAUGUCCGCGCAUUCUCCCGUGUCACCACUCGUUUUGUUGUCAGUGUCUCAUUUCUCUCUGGGAAAACUCACAAGGAGUGACGUGUCCGAACUGUCGACGGAUGUGGGCUGUUCAGAAUUCUAUCGAGGCGACAUUUCAACAAAACAAGGUACUCAGUAAUUUAGUUGAAUAUAUUGCGUUGAAAAACAGAACAGUCGAGAUAAACUGUCACGACUGCCCCAAUGAAUCCACAGCAACAUCUCGCUGUAUCGACUGCCAGGAGUACAUGUGUGACGCAUGUACAUCCUGCCACAACAAAUUCACAAUAUCAAAACACCACAAGACGGUUCUUAUAACAGAACUGGUGAACAUGGCUCAAGAUGAGUAUUUUCAGCAGAAAGAGAUGUGUACAAAUCACGAGAAUUUCAAGUUGGAGAUUUUCUGCAAGGAUUGCUCAACUACCGUGUGUCCAAACUGUGCCCUUGUCUCCCAUAGAGACCACGAGAUUUGUAAUCUGAAAGAUGUUUAUAACGAGAAAAAAGAAUUAAUCAGAACUGGUUUGAAAGAUUUACAGACAUCAGAAGAAAAACUAAGAAUAUAUUCAGAAAGAUUAACAGGAGAUGUCCAAACACUUGCUGCGACAGAACAGAAUCUUUUGAGCGACAUUGACGAAUCAAGUAACAAAAUCAUUGCCAAAGUUAAGGAAAUAGCAACACAGCUAAAAGAAGAUGUUAUUUCAAAGGCAGCCAAACAAAAAGAUCAGAGGAGCGAGCAGAUUGAAUUGAUUGCACGGUUUGAAGGUGUGAAGGCCGAGCAUAUUCUGCAUUGCCAACAGGCUUUGCAGUUCGCUCGACAAGUUGAAUUCAUUGAAAUAUGCCAGGUUCUUGAAAACGAAACGAAGAAUCUGGUGAAAACGCCGGAACUACCUGAACUGGAGAUAAAGAAAAUUAACGCGAAUCUGACGAUUUUUGAACAGAUUGAUAAACUAAUUCAGAAACGCGAGAUCGUGUGUGAACCAAUAACUGAAACCAUCUUCUUGUGCGACACCUCACAGUUCAGACCGUGUAUUGAGCAUUCUAAAGCCAAGACGGAAGACGAAUCUGAUGUCAUCACUGUUACUUUCCUUCCAAAGAAAAAUAGACAUCAUGACCAUAAAACAGAGAUGGAAGUCGUCAUCCCAUCUCCUGUAGAAAUCAGUCAGAAUGUGGAAGGAAGCUUGAAGACUUCUAUUGCUAUUGCUGGUGGUCUCCAGUACAAAUCUGAUAUCUCGGGUCGUCAAAAAACGUCCAUGAGUAUCAAUAGCUACCACGUAUUUGAUGACAGACUUGACGUCAAGCACCAUGAUGAAGAUCUGGUAAGAAAACUACUUAUAGGAGUUGAUGGUCGGCCAGAAGAAUACAGAGAAAUAUGCUUACUGAACAUUCAAUUUGAUGACCGCAGGAGAAACAGGAAACAUUGUAAAAUUACUUCAAGCGGUCUGCUGGUCAACACAUAUUCACCCAAACCUCCAUUUAAUCCUCCAGACAGUCUACAGAUAUUAUGCGGAGUUACAGACAGAAUUCCUAUGUCAGGACUCGGAUGCUGGUAUUGGCAGACGGACGUAGAUUGUACGGUGCUGGAAAAAGCUGAAACAAAUAAAGUGGCAGCACAAGUUGGUGUCUGUGUAGAAAGGCAUUGCGAUGAUGAGAGACAGGUUGCGAAGAACAUACACGCGUGGUGCGUUGGUCUACACAGCUGUGCCACUCACAACAGUAUGUGUCUGAAGGCUGUAUCACGUGGAACGUAUCUGUGUCACAUUCCUGUAGCAGUGUUUAAACAAAACACGAGUCUGAACAUCACACUGGGGUUACUCACUGACACAGAGAACUCCAUCCUCCACGUGGUGAACAUCAACACCAUGUCACUGGUUCACUCCAUGCCAAACAUCGACACAUCACAGCUGCUGAUGCCCGUGUUUGGUGUGUACAGUUGUGAUCAUUUUCAGGUCAAACUGAGUGUAUCGUCCACCAUGGAUCUGUCGGUGGAUCCGGCCUUGCUGAUGUUACUCUCCAGUUUAGUUCAGCCCUGAUUAUCUCCCUUUGUUAAUCAAUCCAUCAGCUUUACAACUGAAUUAAAUUUACUGGCAUCGGUGGUGUCGUUGCUAAACCAUCGGACAUAAGGCUGGUAGGUACAGGGUUCGCAGCCAGGUACCGGCUCCCACCCAGAGCGAGUUUUAACGACUCAGUGGGUAGGUGUAAGACCACUACACCCUCUUCUCUCUCACUAACCACUAACAACUAGCCCACUGUCCUGGACAAACAGUCCAGAUAGCAGAAGUGUAUGCCCAGGGUAGCGUGUUUGAACCGUAAUUGGAUAUAAGCACGAAAAUAAGUUAAAAUGAAAAAAUUAAGUAAAUUUUCUCAUAAUUAAAAUUAACUGAUUAUAUCCUGAAACAGCAUAUAAAAAUCAUUGGCAUUUCCGAUUAGCAUUAGCAUUUGUUGUACUUAGACCGGCUUCGGUGGCGCAGUGGUUAAGCCAUCGGAUUACAGGCUGGUAGGUACUUGGUUCGGAUCCCAGUUGAGGCAUGGGAUUUUUAAUCCAAAUACCGACUCCAAACCCUGAGUGAGUGCUC